ACACUACGCCAACCUCCUCACCAUCCUCGACUAGAAUAAUCCGCAUAAUGACAGUCAUACGUGUGUACAUUACAUGCUCGGUAGUAAGAAAAGAGUGCAAAAUGUAAAAUCUCACAAUUAACCUAACCUUCUUCGUUCCAACACGAACGGACUGACUGCUUCACAUUUUACUUAUUGGACUACAAGGAAGCUUUGGAAUGGGCGUUCUUCGCCAAAAUUACUGGGUAGCUGCUGGGUCUCUCUAAACUCUAAUAAGACCAAGUAUUGGCAGAAAGUGGAUUAUCUACUCCAAAUUUCAGAAACAGAUUGACACAUUUUUAUUAAGUUUGGUUCAAGUGUUAUCAGUGUUUGGCGAAAAUGGUUAUUUUGAACCCUUGUUGUUGCAUCUCCCUCCACCGGGGCUCGAAAACUGUGGCAAUCGUGGAUAUUAUAUUGGCAUGCAUUCCCUUAAUUGUGUUUAUAUGCAGUUUCGUCCCUGGGGUUUACGGAACGGGAGGUCAGCCAUUUACGGACUUUAAUACUGGAAUCUGGACAAUUUUCAUCGUCUUUCUCACCGCGGAUAUUGGCCUCUCUGUCCUCCUGUUUUAUUCAACCAGAGAGAAAUGUAUAAAGAACUUGAAGCGCUGGUUCUACAUAAGAUUGGUGACGACGGGGCUGAUGAUUUUGCUCAUCAUCGUCUCCGCCUGCUUCCAAGUGUCGAUCGAGUUCAUUCUCUACGACCUCUUUUACACCCUCUACCGCAUCUACACCCUCUGGGUGGUCUACCUCCACGUGGGCGAACUCGUGCACGAGGACACCUUCUACCCUCGCAAACAGCCACACCCCGACUUCUCCGUCGCCGUCAUUACCAACUCGAGGGGGCACAACAAGGGAGGUCAGCUUCCCUCCAGCUAUGACUAUCAGUACAAUGAGGCUGGGAACAGAUAUGGCACCGUCAAUGGGGCAUACGCCUAAUCAGCCCAUGGGGCACAAUCUCAACUCCUUUCCUAAUUUUUCCCUCCUCCGAGAAAUGAGUUUUAAACUUACACAGAUAUUUCUAGAUAACCAUGUAACCACUCCUUUUCCCAUAGUCAUCUCGAAUAAGAGGGAUUUGUAUAGUUUACUGACUCUACAUACUUUGAUCCGUGCAAGCUUCGCAUACUUGUAAAUUUAGGGCUUUGAUUUUAGUUGAAUAAGGUGGUAGUAUUGGUGAUUUGCAUAUAGUACACAAGUCCGAAAAUGUAAAAAGUAAGGUAAACCCAACUAAAACAGUUAAAACAGUUUUCUCAAUAAAUUUACAUAGUAAGAAAUAAGA